AUGCCUCCAAGCACAGAGCCAACAGACGCCGCCACCAGCGGGGGCCGCGACGAAACUUCAACCCCCAAGGCACGGCCAGAGGCUACACCAGCCAACCCCGCGGUCGCGGACGCAAACGCGGACAGGGAAAGACGACGGGAGAGAAAGAGACAAGCGAGACGGAGGAGAGAAGAAGCAGGCUACAUAUUGGAGGAUCUGCGAUCUGGAGAGCGAAUACUCUACCUGCAAGAGGUGCCGCGGGUCAAAGCCAGCCACUGCAGAGCGUGGGACUGCGCGAUUACGAGACUCGCUCGCUCGCCGAUUAUCCGAUCCCAGUAUCGCUUUGCGCUGAAGAGUAGCCGGAAUAUGUAUUAUGGGGAAGAACUCAUCGAGUACUACCACAUUACCUGCAUCGAGCGCCUCAUCCCUAAUCUCGCUGAGCUCGUCGUAAACGGGCAUCUAAAACUAGACGGCUGGGUAUCCGCGCCUCUAGGUUCCUCUAUCUCCAUCGAAUCCUCCACCCAGGCUAUCACAGACUGGUUCGAACAUGGCGGACGCACGUUUGAUAUACAGUGUUACGAGAGGUUCAAGGCGGACCACAAGGAGUGGACCGGUGAAAUCAGUUUUCGUAAUAUCGAGCAUCAGCUAGGGCAUGAAGACGGAAGAUCUCGAGUUGACUGCUAUUACUGUGAGGGAGGGCCGGCAGAGCCCAGGGAGCCCGUGAGGAGUGAUUAUUUCCCUACCGAGCCGGCGGCUAUCUCGCUGAGUCGGUUGUUGGCGGUUGUCAGCGACGAGCCGCAUAUCGAUGCGUGGUGGUGCUGGGGACGGGCGAAGAAAGGUUCGGAGACGAAAAGGAAUGCAGGAGUCCCACAGGAGGCUUCGCAGUGA